CGGUGACCCGAAACGCGAGAAGUCAGGGGGUGGGAAGGUGCGAGCCGCAGAGCCCGAGGAGGGCGGGAAGGAGGAGGAGGCUUCGGGGCUGGUCUGGAGGCCGAGGGGUCCCGCCGGCAGAGGCCCUCCCGACUGACGGCUGACGGACGGACGGCGGCCUCGCGCCCCAGUGGGAGCUGCGGGCGGCGCGGAGAGAUCACCAUGGCCUCGGGUGGAUAUACCCCGUAUGUAGAGAUAGUCGAACAGCCCAGGCAGAGGGGAAUGCGUUUUAGAUACAAAUGUGAAGGGCGAUCAGCAGGCAGCAUUCCAGGGGAGCACAGCACAGAGGACAACAGAACAUACCCGUCUAUCCAGAUUAUGAACUAUUAUGGAAAAGGAAAAGUGAGAAUUACAUUAGUUACAAAGAAUGACCCAUAUAAACCGCACCCUCAUGACUUAGUUGGAAAAGACUGCAGAGAUGGCUACUAUGAAGCUGAUUUUGGACAAGAACGGAGACCUUUGUUUUUUCAAAAUUUGGGUAUUCGAUGUGUAAAGAAAAAAGAAGUAAAAGAAGCUGUUAUUUCACGAAUAAGUGCAGGAAUCAAUCCUUUCAAUGUUCCUGAACAGCAGCUGCUUGAUAUUGAAGAUUGCGACCUCAAUGUGGUGAGGCUGUGUUUUCAAGUUUUUCUUCCUGACGAGCAUGGUAAUUUGACAACUGCGCUACCUCCUGUUGUCUCUAAUCCAAUUUACGACAACCGUGCCCCGAAUACUGCAGAAUUAAGGAUUUGUCGAGUAAACAAGAACUGUGGAAGUGUCAGAGGAGGAGAUGAAAUAUUUUUACUUUGUGACAAAGUUCAGAAAGAUGACAUAGAAGUUCGUUUUGUGUUGAAUGAUUGGGAAGCAAAAGGUAUCUUUUCACAAGCUGAUGUACACCGUCAAGUAGCUAUCGUCUUUAAGACUCCUCCAUAUUGUAAAGCCAUAACAGAACCAGUAACAGUAAAAAUGCAGCUGCGGAGACCUUCUGACCAGGAAGUUAGUGAAUCUAUGGAUUUUAGGUAUCUGCCCGAUGAGAAAGAUGCUUAUGGCAAUAAAUCAAAGAAACAAAAAACAACUCUACUUUUACAGAAACUUUGGCAAGAUUGUGCAGUUAAUCUUCCAGAGAGACCAAGACCUGGCCCCCCAGGAUCACAUGAAGGAAGACUCAUCAAAAAAGAAUCAAACUUGUUUCCUCAUGGUCCAGUUAUUCCAGAAAUGCCCAGGCCUUCAGGGAUUUCAAGCCAAGCAGAGCCCUACUAUCACUCACCAGUGUCCAUCUCAAGUGGACUGUCACAUCCCGCCUCAGCCAUGUCCUCAAUGGUCUCUCAGCAUCCUUCAAGCUGGUCAUCAGUGUCCCAUUCCACCUCACGCUCUGUCAGUACGAAUCCAUUGAAUAGUUUUUCAACAGGAUCGCUUUCGUCUAAUUCACAAAGCAUCUCAUCAUUCCUGGCAAUGUCUGUUGGGAGUGAUUUAAAUGCUUCUAAUGCUUGCAUUUAUAACAGUACUGAUGACCUAGGCAGGAUGGAAACCACCUCCAUGUCACCAGCUGACUUAUAUGGUAUUUCUGAUGCCACCAUGCUGCCUAAUAUGAUGACAGCCAGCAGUGACAGCAUGGGGGAGACAGAUAACUCCAGACUUGUGAGCAUGAAUCUUGAAAACCACUCCUGUAAUUCAGUGUUAGAUCCAAGAGACUUAAGACAGCUCCAACAGAUGUCUUCUUCCAGUAUGUCAGCAGGUACCAGUUCUAAUACUGCAGUUUUUGUGUCACAGUCAGAUGCAUUUGAGCGACCUGACUUCAGUUGUGCAGAUAAUGGCCUGAUAAAUGAUCCGGGACCAUCAAAUGGUACUAAUACAAACAACCAUAGUUUUCAAAAUAGUCAGUAUUCAAAUAUUGGUAAUAUGCAGAAUGAGCAGUUGAGCGAAUCCUUUGCAUAUGAAUUUUUUUAAGUAUAGUUUGUAAGACUCGAAUCUUUUAAAAUGCUUGUGAUCAUUUUGGUAGUAGCAACACAGACAUACCAUCUCACAUUUGUCUUACCAAAAGUACAAUACAAAGCCGUUUUUGUUUUUGAAACUUCUUUUUCACAGAAGUAUAAAACUUUAGAUGUAUAUAGUAUACAAGCUUUGGAUGUAUAUAGAAAUCAAACCUUGAAAGUUGUUAUAAAAAGAAAAUUAAAGCUAAAAGUGCUGGUACACACCUUUAACCUUUGCACUCAGGAGGCUGAGGGAGAAGAGCAUCAUGAGUUCAAGGCUAGGCUGGGCUUACACAAAACAGGACAAAACACAAAACAAACACAAAAAAAGAAAGAAAAGUGUCCUUUUUCGGUUUCUUCUUUUGAAAGAUCUGAUCCGAUAGUGUGUGUGGUGUGAAUUCUAUCCUCAGAAUUUUAUUGCAUUUCUCCAGGAAAGACUCUAAGGAGGACAUUAAACCAUGGAGAGUUUUUUCUAAUUUUGUAUUUCUCUUAUAACAUAUUAAUGUAUUAUUAAGUGAAUUAACUGAUAUUUGCUUUCAUGCAAAUUUAAGGGAAAACUUGUAAUGGCUAUGCCAUUGGAAAAAUAAAUUACUUUUUUUUUUUGAGGCCUGUGUACCCCUACGGGGUUUUCUAAGGCUUCUUGGAAUUUCUUAGAUUUAUAUGUAAAUCAAAACUUCUUUAAAAUUUAAGUUGUGCAGAAGGCAGUUGAAGUGAGCUUUCAAGGUAUGGGAGGAUUCCUCCCAUUUUAUAAUAUUUAAACCUGUAUCUGUAAAGUUGCUUAUGAUUUUUAGCUUUGCGCCCAUAUUUUCAAGAGGAAGAAGCUUCUUUGCACCUCUUUUCUUUCUUAGGUAUUCUCACUCUCUGUAGUCUCAUACAACUGCCUGUUUGACAUCUAGAAAUCUAGUUAAAGCUCAGAUUCAAUAUAUCCAAACCUAAGUUCUUGGUCUUUCCUCCCAGACUUGCUUCUCCUUCAGUCUUCUCCAACUCAGUAAAUGGCAAUGCCAUGCUUAUUGCUCAGGCCAAAAAUCUUGGCAUCAUCCUUGAUUCUUCUAUCUCCCAUGUCCAACUCACUGGAAAGAAUCGAUCUUAAGUGAAAAGUUUACACUUUUAUACCUUUGAGCCUGGGACAGGUAGGGUCUUGCUAAUUCCUGACAUGCCCUCAGGGCAUAUUUCUUCUUGUCCCAGUUCAAAGUACUUGAUUUCUUUUUAAUUGUACUAAUCUCUUCAGGAACCAUACCACCCUUGGCCCAAACUUUAUACAUGGUUCUUUUCAGAGCAAAGCUUUUCAGAUAUUUCAGCUCUGCUUUUUGCUUCCAGUUUUUACAUAUAUGUCUGACAAAAAAGUAAUCAGCAGUACUUAUGCCACUGCCUAAACAUUGUGGUACCUUGAACUUUCCUCUGCCGUAUUAAUUACUUUACUAUCCACAAACUCAGCUUUCUCAGGAUAUGAACAAACUAUAGACAUUUUUUUUUUUUUUUUGCCAGAGUAUGUGUGACCUUGAGUUCCAUUAGUCCUUGUUCCUGUCUGAAACCUCAUGAGCACAGUCUUAACUGUCUACAUUCCUAUUAGCAUUCUGGUCUUCUGAGCUCUGACUAGAAUUACCCAUCGAGCUUUUUUUCAAGUACUCCAGUACUUCUCUAACUUGCAUCCUCAAAUCUUUCCAAACUCAUCCACAAUUUAAAAGGCUUCUGAAGCACAGAAUCAGAUACAGUCACAGCAAUAACCCUAUUUCUGAACUACUAAUAUUCUACAUUAUCACAUUUCUAUUGCUGGGCAAAAAUCUUGAUAUCUACAACUUGAGAAGGAGGGGUUUAUCUGGCUCACGGUUUCAGAGGAUUCUGUUCGUGGUCAGCUGGCUCCAGGACAGGAACAGCAUGGCAGAAGGGCGUAGUCAGGCAAAGUUGCUUAGUUCAUGGCAACUGGAAAGCACAGCGCCAGGAAAAAGCACCAGUGAGAAAGGGGCCGGCGACUAGGUAUAGUCCUUAGGGUCAUACCCCCUUGAUCCACCCAGACACACUAGAGUUGUGCUUUACUAGUCUCUUCAGUGGUUCUCAAAUCAGUCAAGUUAGCAGACUUAACUGUCACAUGGAUCAAGGCCUGCCUUGACUAAAUUUCACCAUUGCUGUUCCUCCUGCUGUCUGUAUGUGUGUAGCACUUAGCGUGUCUGAUUUGACUAGGCAUUUAUUAUGUGUAUCUUUUACUGAAAUAUAAGCUCCAUGAUGGCAGAAAUUCUUGUGUCUUAUUUAAUAUCAAAUCUCCAGUUUAUAGAACAGUUAACAGUGCCUCCAGGUUAUAGAACAGUUAACAGUGCCUCACAUUAAGCAUUCCAUAAAUAUUUAUUAAACAUUCAAAGUGUCACUAAUAGAACUUUGUUUUUUGCAAGAAUAGCUUUAUUAGAUACUUAAGGUUUUUAUAUUAUCUUUCAUUUGACAUAAGGUUUUUGUUAUUAUCAUUUAAGUUCAAGUCUAGUAUUAAUGGUAAU